UCGCGGGCUCGGCUCUCUUCGGCGGCGGUCCCGGAAGGGCUCCCAUGGAGCCUGGGCCGCGGGCUCGACCCACGGCCAUGGCGCCGUUGCUGGAGUACGAGCGGCAGCUGGUGUUGGAGCUGCUGGACACCGACGGGCUGGUGGUGUGCGCCCGCGGGCUGGGCGCUGACCGGCUCCUGUACCACUUCCUCCGGCUGCACUGCCACCCGGCGUGCCUGGUGCUGGUGCUCAACACGCAGCCGGCCGAGGAGGAGUAUUUUAUCAACCAGCUAAAGAUAGACGGAGUUGAUCAUCUCCCUCGCCGAGUGACAAAUGAAAUUGCAAGCAACAGUCGCUAUAAGGUUUACACACAAGGCGGAGUGAUCUUUGCAACAAGUCGAAUACUUGUGGUUGAUUUCCUGACUGAUAGAAUACCUUCAGAUUUAAUUACUGGCAUCUUGGUGUAUAGAGCCCACAGAAUCAUCGAGUCCUGUCAAGAAGCGUUCAUCCUGCGACUGUUCCGUCAGAAAAACAAGCGUGGUUUCAUCAAAGCCUUCACAGACAAUGCUGUAGCCUUCGAUACAGGCUUUUGUCAUGUGGAAAGGGUGAUGAGAAAUCUUUUCGUAAGGAAGCUCUACCUGUGGCCAAGGUUUCAUGUCUCAGUAAACUCAUUUUUGGAGCAGCACAAACCUGAGGUUGUGGAAAUUCACGUCUCUAUGACACCUGCCAUGCUCGCCAUACAGACCGCUAUCCUGGACAUCCUGAACGCUUGCCUGAAGGAGCUGAAGUGCCACAAUCCAUCACUCGAGGUGGAAGAUUUAUCUCUAGAGAAUGCUAUUGGAAAACCUUUUGACAAGACAAUCCGCCACUAUCUGGAUCCUUUGUGGCACCAACUUGGAGCCAAGACCAAAUCCUUGGUUCAGGAUUUGAAGAUACUGCGAACUCUGCUGCAAUAUCUCUCUCAGUAUGAUUGUAUCACCUUUCUUAAUCUUCUGGAAUCUCUGAGAGCAACUGAGAAAGCGUUUGGUCAGAAUUCAGGUUGGCUGUUUCUUGACUCCAGCACUUCAAUGUUUGUAAACGCACGAGCAAGGGUUUAUCAUAUUCCUGAUGCGAAGCUGGGCAAAAAAGGCAAAGUACCUGAAAAAAUGGAGAUUAAAGAAGGGCAAGAAGCAAAAAAGGAGCUGGUCCUAGAGAGUAAUCCUAAGUGGGAAGCUCUGACUGAAGUACUGAAAGAAAUUGAGGCAGAAAAUAAGGAGAGUGAAGCCCUUGGCGGUCCAGGUCAAGUACUUAUUUGUGCAAGUGAUGACCGAACAUGCAGCCAGCUGAGGGACUACCUCGCGAUGGGCGCCGAGGCCUUCCUGCUGAGACUCUACCGGAAAGCCUUUGAGAAGGACAGCAAAGCGGAAGAAAUGUGGAUGAGAUUUAGAAAGGAUGACAGCACUAAGAGAAUUAUGAAAUCUAACAAGAGACCCAAAGCCCCACCCAAAAAGGAUAGGGCCCCUGCCAAGGAAAGGGCUGUCAAAAAGAAAAAGCGGAGUCUGACCUUGACUCAGAUGGUGGGGAAAUCGGAAGAACCGGAAGAAUUCGAGGAGGCCCAGGAAGGUGUUCCCAGAGACCCGAGCAGCAGCCCAGAAUGCUGCUUUGAAGGCGUGAAGCCUGAGGAGUUCGACUUAAACUUACCAUCCGAUGCAGCCUACGGCAUCCUGAAAGACCCCCUCACCAUCAUCCACCCGCUUCUGGGAUGCAGCGACCCCUAUGCUCUGACGAGGGUGCUCCACGAGGUGGAGCCGAGAUACGUGGUCUUGUACGACGCAGAGCUAACAUUUGUACGGCAGCUUGAGAUUUACAGGGCAAGUAGACCUGGAAAACCACUGAGGGUUUACUUUCUUAUAUAUGGAGGAUCUACUGAGGAACAGCGCUAUCUCACUGCCCUGCGGAAGGAAAAGGAGGCUUUUGAAAAACUCAUAAGGGAGAAGGCUACCAUGGUUGUCCCUGAAGAGAGAGAAGGCAGAGACGAGACAAACCUUGACCUGGUAAGGGGCUCCACAUCCAGCAGCGUCACUGACACACGCAAAGCAGGUGGCCAGGAGCAGAACAGCCCUCAGCAGAGCAUAGUGGUGGACAUGCGGGAGUUUCGGAGCGAACUCCCCUCACUGAUCCACCGCCGGGGCAUCGACAUCGAGCCGGUGACACUGGAGGUCGGCGACUACAUUCUGACUCCGGAGAUGUGCGUGGAGCGCAAGAGCGUCAGCGACCUGAUCGGCUCCCUGAACAGCGGCCGCCUGUACAGCCAGUGUGUCUCCAUGUCCCGCUACUACAGACGGCCUCUGCUCCUGAUCGAGUUCGAUCCCAGCAAGCCUUUCUCGCUUACCUCCCGAGGUGCCUUCCACCAGGAGAUCUCUGGCAACGACAUCAGCUCCAAGCUCACGCUGCUGACCCUCCACUUCCCCCGGCUGCGGCUCCUCUGGUGCCCCUCCCCGCAUGCCACCGCCGAGCUAUUUGAGGAGCUGAAACACAACAAACCACAGCCCGACUCGGCCACAGCCAUGGCCAUCACUGCAGAUUCCGAAACCCUGCCCGAGUCAGAGAGGUAUAACCCCGGGCCCCAGGACUUCCUGUUAAAAAUGCCGGGGGUCAACGCCAAAAACUGCCGCUCCCUGAUGAACCGAGUUGGGAACAUCGCAGAGCUGGCGAACCUCUCCCAGGACCAGCUCGCAGGCAUCCUGGGGAACGCGGCCAACGCCAAGCAGCUGCACGACUUCCUCCACACCUCGUACGCCGAGGUGGUUUCUAAAGGAAGAGUGAAAAAAUGAAAGCCGGACAGCUGCUUUGUCAUCCCCCCCAUAAGCACGACAGGCUGUUCUUUCCCCACGUUAAGGGGUCUGUGUCACUAGCUCUGUCUCGUCCUCAGCCGAGCUUUCAGCAAUCCUGUGGUCUUUGAACAUCCGUGUGGUCUCUUUCCCAGGUCGGCAGACCCAGAGCCGAGCAUACUGUUAGCUUUGAAUCCAAGCAUCAUUUUUACUUUGCCCUGCCUGUUGCCCCAUUCCAGGCCACAUAUGAUGUGUUCGGGUUUUAAAAUGAGACGUGCCCACAUCAGGUAAAGCUUUUUACAAGACCGCUUUUGAAGCAAGCAGAAAUGUGUUGUUCGAACACAAACUAGUCAAGCUCACACCCGUGUUCUCCCAUCUGUCUACAGAAAGGCCCCCGGGAGGAAAGACUUUGGAGGCGGGAGAUAGCGCAUCAGAUAGGACGUGUGCCUUGCUGUGUGGGCAGCUCCGGCUUGAGCCCUGACACCGCGUGGGAAGUGAUGAGGCAGGCGAAGCAAAGUGGUGCUGCGGUCCCUUUCUCCUUUGUUCUUUUAUCUCUAUCUGAACAAUAACAACAACAACAACAAAAGUCACCCUGGGGACAGUGAAAUCACACACAUGCAAGACUCCCAAGGCCGCUGAAGAUGAAGAGGAGGAAGUGGAGGAGGAGGAGAGACCCUUCCAUCACUCCUGACCUGUUCUCUCCACCACGUUUUCUGCAGCCAAGUACUUUCCUUUCUUUCUCCUGUCUGCCUCCAAGAAAAACGGUGGGAACUUCUUGCUCUUAGUUUUAAGACAACCACCUCUAAAAUCAGUUUUCUAACCACCUGACUGUGCAAGCAUGAGUGAUGACUUGCUUAUUCUGAGCCAAUGUUUUAAAGCUGUAAAAAUGAACUACCUAUUGAAGAAUUGGCUGUGAAAAAGCCCCUAGUGUACUCAGCUUCUGCAAAAUCCCAGUGAUCUCUAAAGCCACAUGGAGUCUUGGGAGACAAGCUUCCUAUUUACCCUGCCUGCCGUGGACAUUCAUCCUAGAACCACAGACACCACCCGCUUCAAAACGCAAUGUAAACUUAUCUCCUCUGAUUCUCCACUCCUCCCAUCCCUGCACUGUGGUGCUGGCACUCUCUCUGUCUCUCUCUCUCUCUCUGUCUCUCUCUCUCUCUCCCCCUUUCUCUCUGUGAAGAUUCAACCAUGAGGGAAUGAUAGAUAGGCCCACAAAGUUGUUGAUUGUCUGUUUUAUUUCUAUGAGUUGAAGCAAAAGAUUGUGAGUAAACACAAGAAGAUACAAAAAUAAACGUUUUUAAAAACAAAAACAGAAUCCAUAAAGGAAUCAUCUCACCCUCAA